AUGAACAAAAUCAAGAGGAAAGAACGAGUUCAACUUCAAGAUCAGAUUCGCUGUGUAGCCACCCAGCAGGAUCUUGAGUACAGUCAGAAUUUACGCACUGAGGGUACGCUCGAUCAAGAACGGCCAAAGACAUUCUGGCCCCAUGAAGGAAAGGGCAGCGAGCCUGAAACUGCUCGCUCCAGGAAAGUCCCUAGUGGGGAGACCAAAAUGGACAGAAACGACAAGCCAUGCUCUGAUCAAAAAGGUCCCGAAGAGAAUAGCGACGCUUCGGUCCAUAGAACAGAGAAACGGCGGAGAUCUCACGACAGUGAAACUCAGGGCUCGGCGGAUACUCCCAAAAAGCCCAAGUAUAUUCCCAAGCCUAAAAAUGGCUUGAUUGAUCGGCACAUAUACAUGGCAGACAUGAUGGCUUUUUACAAGCUCGAUCGCACACUCCUUGAUCACGAUGGGAAAACGGAUGAACAGAUCAAGAGAGACACACAAAAAUACAGAGAUGGAGUCAAAGAUAUAGAAGAUGGUUGGGAGGAAUACAAAAAAAAUAUGUUGGAUCAGGGCUAUACAGAACUACAGUAA